AUGAAAGGAAGAACAAUGUCCAGAACAGUUCCUCAAAGACAUUUGCAAGCACUGAGCAUUUUUAGGCAGGAGAGUGAGCAAAAUGUGGCUAAAAGGGAGAUAUGGGAUACUUCUCUUGAUUAUUUCAGCGAGAAUAUGAGCACGAAAUGAGUUUCAUUUCAUGAAGAUCAGUGGAACAUAAGUCUUGACCUUCGAAUUCCUGAUUCAUCCAUUAUAGUGAAGACAUUUUCGCUGCUAGGUGCCAAGUUCAACGAGGUGUUUUUCUUCUUUACUACCAAUGAAAAUUUCAAAACCUCCAUCAGAUGUUUGCUAGAUCAAGAUAUCAAAAUCAAAAAGUUGUAUCUGAAAUUUACUGACAAAAAUCUCUCAAAAUCAAACCUAUAUUGUCUGAUCAGGAAUGCUCAUAAAAUCAGUGAGUUCAUGCUCUUAAAUGGACUACAAUUUCAAACCCGCCAUCUAUCAUCCCUUCUCCAUGCCUCCAGACAUAUCUCUGAACUUGUGUUCACAAAAUGAAGCUUAAUGGACAGUUGUAAAUGAGUGAAGAUUUCUAGUAGUGUGAGGGUUGGGAUAAACACACUAUCCCUCCAAUACACAAAAUGCUCAAAAGCCGUCAUGCUCGGUCUCCUAACCUCUCUUGCCAAGAACCAUAAUUUCGCAGAAAACCUUAAGCUGAUGUACUAUAAAGAGUCCAUCUUUAGCCCGAAGCCAGGAUUGACGAUAAAAGCUCUAACUGCAAUUCUGAGAGAUUUAGGCUUCAAAACAGAAGUGAAGCAUACAAAAUCUCUCUUGCACAAAUAAAAUUCAACAUUA